AUGACGUCCGCGGAGGUGCAUCGCGACUUGGUGGUCGAUGGGGACGUGGCGCAGGCGCUGGAUAUGUGUCGACGGCUACUUCGCACGGAGAGCAGUCUACAGCGUGUGGAGACGGCGCAUCUGGUGCUGGAGCGGCUGCGUAGCGGCGCUGAUGACUCGAGCGACGAUGUGAAUGCUCUACUGCACCUUUUGGGCAAUUAUGUGGCUCCCACACGCGAGCUAACAGAGGAAAUUCUGUCGCUUCUGCUGUUCUGUGACCAUCACGUACUGCUAAUCCACCAUUUACCUAAGUUGACGUACCAGUCGAAGGAGUGCGUACAAUUGGUAGUACAGGCGUAUUUGGAGCUGCUGGCUACUGACCGGUCCCUACUGGUGCCUGUGCUCGGGUCAUUGGCGGAGAUGCCGCUGGAUAAUAGCGAGAAGAACACAGUCGUGGAGGCAACACAAUCGCUACUGGAUGCGGCGGUGGAGGAAGAUAUUCCUGCAGUAGUACAGAGCCUACUGUCGAUGGUUACAAAGCUGUCGGCACCUAAGGCGCUUGCACGCUUACGAACCGAGUGUAAUCGUAUCCAAUCAGGGACGCUGUCACUUACAAUGGAGGUCAUUGAACGCUUCACCACUGCUGGCUCUGUGGCACUGACUGCUCUUCUUCGCCUGAUCAGACACGCCGAGCCACUAACCACGUUUGAUAUUGUCCUGUUGACGUUCGUGAUGGGGAAGUCUGCGGAGAAUGAGCUGGCUGUAAGGACAACGACGUCUGUGGCACAAAGCGGCAGGCUGCAUGGCCGGAUGAUGCGUGAAGCUGCUGCGAUGUUGGUGAGACCAGAGUGGGCGUAUUUACUCCCGUCCUUCGUCCGUUUCUGCAGCUGCCUGCUCGCUGUUUGCUUCCGUGCAUCGACUCAACCCGCGUUGGCUUUGAAUCUGAUUGCCAGCUCUGUGGACUCUCUAGUUGUUCUCAUUGAGACCAAGAGCACUGCACAGGAAGAGGCUUUGAUUCUUUUGCUGACGAUUGCCAGCCACCCCAAGAAGUUACUACUGCUCGGUAACUCCGACUCUGUGCAGCGUACUCGCAGCGCUCUGUGCUGGAAAGUGGCCGAAGUAAUUGCAUUGCGUUUUUCCGAACUUGCGCGGAGGAAUGCGGACGCACUGGCAUCGUCGUCUCACUUGUUCCUUGACCAUCUACAUGGAGUUGCUUCUGCUACGACGGAGUCGGAGGUUGAUGGAAAAUAUCCGUCACAUAUACUCGACCUUCUUUGCUCGACCAUGGCGCUGCUGACGAAGAAAGAGCGAGGUAUUUAUUCUCUUCUCAUGAUUACCAUUCAGAAACAACUGGUGUCUCGAGCGGGAUCCACCGGUUUGGCUCACAGCCAGCAAUCGAUUAGACUCCAAAGCGGUCGAUCCGGUGCAGCUGAGGUCAAGCAGCUCAUGGCUGUUUUCCUGACCGGGCACCUACUGAAGAACCAAGUUGUGGUGGAGUCUCGAGACCGAAAAUCACUGGCAAACUGGAUGCUGCGUCUGUUGACUUCUGCGAAUCGUGACGAGACAUUGUUGCACGUGAUGUGCUUUGUACGAGACGAAAUGAACCGAACACGCGAAGUCUCCGCUCUGGAACAAGAGCGGGCUUUGCUAACCACAGCUAUGUCUCAGGUAUUUCGGAAGAAAGGACUGACGUGGACACCACGGGAACAAGUGCUUCAGCAAACACAAGAUGGCAACGACUUUGUCUUAGCAUUUGACGAUGAUAAGGAAGAGUUGGCGGCUCCCCUGGCUGUCGACGCCACUGAAUUCGUUGUUAAAAUGCGAUUUGGAACACCCUCACCUGCAUUCUUUGCAAUGGACACUCACGAGCGUGAAACAACAAGAAGACUGACGGAACAAGAUUACCUGAUGAAAAUCUGCCUGCUUCGAGAACUUUUCAAUUGCUAUCUGGAGUUUGCGCCUCCAGCUGAACAAACCGAAGUUGCGGAUGCUGCGUUUGUGCUACCCUCGGCUUAUACACUGGGACUGGAUGCCGAAACGUGGGGCUCAGUUGAGCCUGCAGCGUUGAACAACGUUAUCUGGAAUCUUGUCUGUGCCCUAGACAUCGCUGUGGCGUCAACAAACUUUGUUGCUGAGCAGUACACGUUAAUGAUCGCAAGUUCGAAGACGAAACACGAAUGCAUAACGCAGUAUUCGCGCAUGGCGACUCGAUUGCGUAUCUGUUUGAAGCUACGCGAUCAACUGGAGCAGAUACUAGCUGAUCAAAAGUGCAAUAUUCAAGACCGUUUAGGUCGUUCUGACGACACGUCCAGUUCACGUACCGAAUUGCGGAAACAUGAGCUAGAAUGGCUGCUACUGGAGUGCUUAAUUGUCGAGCAACUGCUGAAUGGCCAACUUCGGCGAGUUCAAGGAGAACUGCCGCGAGCCUCGUUGUUCGGCUUGGACCUCCGUGUGGUCUGCUUGGCUUUCGAAGGGCAGUGGAAACAACGUAUUGAUACACCGCUGUCGCUGCCUUCCGAAUUGCUAGUCUCGAGGAGUGAAGGACGCCGGACAGUUAAAUGGUUAUGUCGCCGCGCAGCGGAAUUGAGUCGAGCAAUUAGCAACGAAGAAUAUGAUCAACCGGAAAGCGUUAUGGAAGGUGAUUUUGAGGCAGACUCCACUGAUGCGGCAGCUGCCAAUACUGCUACCAGAAAUCUGAUGGCGCACUGCCUAGCGUGCAUCUACGACUCCUUCAUUGUCGUCUUAGAAGAGUGUCGUAUUGCCACUGCAGCGGGAGAUUCCAGCUGGACCGAUCAAAUGAUGAAACUUCUUGCUGUUGGCGCCAGUCCCGACGAUGAUGCAUCUCGUUGCGUUAACCUACUUGGAUGCAACGAAAUAUUCUUCCGAUUCUUGGCACGACAGUGUCUAGAGCUGACGGACCCGACGCUUGCGUGUUUGGUCACUGAUGUACUGAUCUCUCUUGUGCUGAAUACCAGGAAAAGUCCCUUGGUUAGUCAACUGUGUCUAGCGCUGCUGCAUCAAACGUUCCCGUCACUCCCGACCCCACACCAAUUUGAAAGCGACACUACCAAGUUCUUUAACGGUCUGCCAUUAAGGUCGCUGCCGAACACUGUUGUGUCCCCGAGUAAUGGUCGCGUCUGUUCUCUGGCGAAUUAUCGAUGCAAUGCUUUGAAAUGGCGCCAUAUUGCGUACCUAGUGGUUGGGUCCUGGGCUUAUUCGGCCUCUGCAUCAGCCGGGUCGUUCCUGCUGGCGCAAUAUCUCGAGGAAAUGCGCGUUCUCAUCGAUGCCGCUGUACCGCAUCAGGAUAAAAGGAGUUCCAAGAAACGUGCAGCAAGAAUCAAAGAGAGCGACGAUGACUCCGAUGACGAUGACUUGGAAGAAAAGCGCCGUCAGGAUGAGCUCGCUGUGGUUGUGGGCGGAGAGCACAUUGUGCUAAAAAGCUUGACACACGAGUCGUUGUCCUACUUCAUCGAGGCGGUUCUGCUAUGUGCUAUUGCUUCGUUGUAUCGAGCAACGCCGAGAAAGGCGAGUUCACAAGGUCUAAGUGACUUUAACCCUUUCUUGGAGUACUGUCGAGCGAUGCACGUGUUUGAAAGUGCUCUACGCGUGUUCGCGCGGGCGGAGAUGUGUGGAUUUAACCUUCCAGUGAAGACGAACUUGCUGGUACUGCGAGGAGGAACGUUCGCUACACGGACUGCAAAGUCCAUCAUAAUGAAGUGCAUUGCCUGGCGUGUCGAGCAAAGUGUGACUGAUAACACGGGCGCGCUAAGACACUUGAGCGUUCUAUUCGGUGCAGCCGAUGCGAUGGCUACAACGAUGGAGACAGUGACUACUGCCUUCCAAGAGCGUGUCAUGCUGAAAAUGCAGCACAAUGGAAACGUUCGUCGAAAGGGAGGGUGGACCAACGAGUUGUUGGCUAAAGCUUACGGAAAGAAGUACAAUACGCGCCGGUGGAUUUCAAAGUCCGAGGCGAAACUGCUGCCGUUCUUUUCUCAUGGCAUCCAGGAGCUUCAGGACUUCUUGCAAGAUCAAAGUGCGGUGAAUAACAUCGCUUUGGACGCAGCAAGAACUACCUGGGGAGCUGCAGAGAGCGUAUGGAGUGACCACGAGCAUCAAGAUGUGAUGCUGAGCGAUGACAAGCUCGUCUCUGCAUGCCGGACUCUUCACGGUGAAGAACUUACGGCCGCGCUGCUCAGAGAUUGGCGUCCUGCUCUGUCAAUGGACAACGAUGACGAUGAGACCGAUCUACAAGAAGACAAGGAGAUAGCCGAACUCGAUGAGGAAUCUCUCCUAGUGUCAACGCGAACAGGAAGAAAAAAGCCCACGGUGGAACUACAGGACAACGAGGAUCUGGGAUUCCCGACAAUUGUUGUCAACUUCAAAAAGCAAAAGAAGACGCACAGAGGCUGA